AUGGUCCCACCGUCUGUACCACUUCGCAUCGCGGUGGUGCAGUUCUGUCCCAAGAUAGGACAGAUCCAAGCUAACAUCAAGCGGGCAAAGGAACUCUGCAGAAAGAUUGAACCCCGUUCGGUCGAUCUCGUUUGCUUUCCAGAGAUGGUAUUCUCAGGUUAUGUGUUCGAGAACGCGAAAGCAAUAAAGCCCUACCUCGAACCUCAUAGAACUGGCCCAACUUCACAGUUCUGCUCCGAACUCGCAAAACGUCUGGGAUGCUAUGUUUUCGCGGGUUAUCCGGAACGUCUUGAAGGUGAUGAAAUAAGUGCGACACCAGAAGAACAGGAGGAGAGUGGUCAAACUGGAACUGGAGGUCCUGUAGGAGCAAAUAGCGCAGUUUUGUGUGGACCGAAUGGUGAAUGGGUGGGAAACUAUCGCAAGACACAUCUAUUCGAGGUCGAUGAAACUUGGGCCAAAGCAGGGAGCGGUUUCAAGACAUUUGAUUUACCGUCACCUCUAGGUCGAGUCAGCAUCGGAAUAUGUAUGGACUUGAAUGUACAACCACCCCAUACGUGGACCAGUUUGGAUGGGCCAUACGAACUCGCAACAUAUACACAAUCCCAAGAUUCCAAAAUCCUGAUUCUCUUGAAUGCUUGGCUGGACUCUGGAAAGGAUGGAGAAGAAGAAAGCGAUUGGGCCACCCUAAACUUUUGGGCCAUGCGUCUUCGUCCCCUUUGGGCAUCAGAAUCCGAGUCAGACGCGUCAGAUGCUACACACUCCACGCAUGCGAAUGGCGGGGAGAAACAGACUAUCGUCGUCGUGUGCAACAGAACGGGGGAGGAGAAUGGCAGGACUUUUGCAGGUUCUUCAACAAUCUUUAGUAUGUGUCAAGGCUCUGGUCGGCCUAGAGUCCUCGACAUGAUGGGACGUAGACAGGAGGAGGUGCGAAUGUGGACUACCGCCACAUAA